CAGUAGCACUGAGUGCAGAGCAAACAAACAGUCCAAUUAGUAAGAUAAGAGCAUUACCGUAUCAUUUUUUCGAGUGCUUCUUUGUACAUUAUUGCACUGUUUAAAUAUUGUAUGUGCAUAUGACUGAAGUGGUCCAUACAGCACUUUAAAGUUUUAACAAUAUCAUUUCGACGUUUUAGGUCUUUAGGAUAUAAUGAACCUACUACUCAGCGAAGAGCGUUUUCGCAUUGUAAUAAUAAUUGGUGCAGCAUUUUUCGUUGGUGCAAGCGCGCACGCUGAGAAGCAACUUAGUUUUCCAAAUGAAGGAUACGACCCAGUAUUAGAUGUUGCCAAGAUAGGCAGAGCAGUGGAGAAGGCAGGCCAUGCUGACUGGAAGUUAGACCUCGCAGAUAUUUUGCAUGGUGUGCAUCAACAUAAACAAGCUGAUGAUGGUGGAUUGCAUUCUGUGAUUAAAAAAAUGUUGGACCAAAUCGCUAAAUACGAUGAAGAAGUGCAACAAUGCUUGUGCCAGUGGCGCAUUGUGUUGGAAGAUGCGACUAAUGUCAGUAGUAACGGGGUAUACGCUUUACAAAUGUUAGAUUCAUGGGCGAUACCUGAAAGUGGAAUAUUGGAAGGCAACAUAAGAUGGGCUGGUCAUUAUUAUGAAUGCUGGAAGUCACGUGGUCCAUACGUCAGUGGAAAAUGGUGCAAUACAUAUAUGGGGAAGCAGAGACCGGUAGAACACCCUGGAAUACCUUUAGCUAUGAGUUGGGGAUCGUGUUUCCCAAUAUCGUGCACAGAUACUGCAGUGGCAACUAUAAUUGAAGAACUUACAUCGAUGGUAAUUUUGCCCGAAAUAAUUGAGACCUCAUGCCCACUGCCGAUCACACGGAUUGACACAAUUGAUAUUAUUGCAAUGGUUAUUUGUUGUCUAUUUCUUGUGCUGGUUAUUGUUGGCACCGCAUACGAAUUCUACACAAACAACUCGGUACAAAGUGUGCGGUAUCAGGACCACAGUACAAACAAACCUCAUCGCAAACAGCAAGCAAUAACCAUUUGGAAAGUUCUUUCUUGUUUUUCAAUGAUUUCAAACGCUAAGCUACUUACAAGCAUGAAGGUAAAAGAAGGAACAUUGCCGCUUCUUGACGGGUUACGUGCUUUGAGCACAACUUGGGUGAUCGUAGCCCAUGUUCUUUAUAUACCAAUGAACGCUAUAGAUAACCCAGUAUAUUCGAACGAUUACUACAAGGCACACGGUGAGGUCCAAGCGCUAAGUAACGGAACAUUUUCAGUGGACAGUUUCUUUUUCUUGAGCGGUUUACUUGUCGCUUAUCUGGGCAUUAAACAUCUAAGCAAUUCAAAUGGAAAGAUUAAUAUUCCUCUAAUGUAUUCGCAACGUUAUCUCAGACUGACUCCAGUAUACGCGUUUCUUCUUCUGUUCUCAAUGAGUCUAUACAAGUUCUUCGGAUACGGUCCUUACUGGAACGACUUAGCUUCUGUGAUGUACAACUCGUGCAAAGACGUUUGGUUUGCGAAUCUUCUCUACUUUAAUAACCUUUACCCAGUCGAGGCCCAGCAAUGUUUUGGUUGGAGUUGGUAUUUGGCAAAUGACAUGCAGUUUUAUCUUCUCUCUCCGUUUAUUCUAAUUCUUCUGUACAGAUCUAAAACGUUCGGGUUUUUGGUUAUGAUGGUCCUACUUAUCGGAAGCACUUUAAUAACUGGCGUCCUGUCAAAGGAAACAAACUUACAACCGACACCAAUUGGCGUUAACUUAUACAUGUCAAUAUUUGGACGGUUUAUGGUAAACACAUCGGCCGAAGUAACUUAUGCUGAUCGUUACAAGACCGACACAUACACCACCCCUUGGUGCAGGAUAGGGGUAUAUGUUAUCGGUAUGAUGACCGAUAACCCAGUAUAUUCGAACGAUUACUACAAGGCACACGGUGAGGUCCAAGCGCUAAGUAACGGAACAUUUUCAGUGGACAGUUUCUUUUUCUUGAGCGGUUUACUUGUCGCUUAUCUGGGCAUUAAACAUCUAAACAAUUCAAAUGGAAAGAUUAAUAUUCCUCUAAUGUAUUUGCAACGUUAUCUCAGACUGACUCCAGUAUACGCGUUUCUUCUUCUGUUCUCAAUGAGUCUAUACAAGUUCUUCGGAUACGGUCCUUACUGGAACGACUUAGCUUCUGUGAUGUACAACUCGUGCAAAGACGUUUGGUUUGCGAAUCUUCUCUACUUUAAUAACCUUUACCCAGCCGAGGCCCAGAGUUGCUUAGUUCACAUCUCUAUUGUAGAAGAUAUGUUACAACUUAUCUAA